AUGAUCUUCACUCUUGGUCGUUUUUCUUGGUCUACCUCUCAUGACGUCACACUUGACCACGCGAAAGUGAAAACAUACAAUCUAUCUAUCUAUCUAUCUAUCUAUCUAUCUAUCUAUCUAUCUAUCUAUCUAUGUAUUUUCAAAAAAAGAAAAAGAAACAUAACAAAAUUCACUUUGUUUUUUCUUCUUCUUCUUCCGAUCCCUCCUUUCUCUCAUCCUGUUUGUGACCUUCCUCCACGGUUUCAUUUUCUUUUCUUUUCCUCCUCCUACUUUACAAACUCUUUUUCCUUAUCUUCUUAUACUUCUUCUUCUUCUUCUUCUCACUAUCUUCGUCUUUUUUGUCUUCAUCCUUCUUUUUAUUGUUGUACACAUUAUCUUCUUCUUCUUCUUCUUCUUCUUCUUCUUCUUCUUCUUCUUCUUCUUCUUCCAAUUCAUCUACAACGCCCUGUUCGUCGUCGUCCUUCUCCUCUUCCAUCCUUUUUCUUCAUCUUCCACCUCUUCCGCUACCAACUCUUCGUCUUCAUUCUUUUUUCUUCCUAUGCUCAUUUCUUCUUCUUCUUCUUCUUCUUCUUCUUCUUCUUCUUCUUCUUCUUCUUCUUCUUCCAAUUGUCAUCCAUCUGCUGA